AUGGCAACCCCAACCCGCCUGUUCAGGAGCCUACUUCGCCGAGUGCGGCGACAUGACUGGAGAUGUCUGAUAGCGUACUCGGCUCUGAUCCUGCUGUCGGUCUCCAUCUUCCUGUAUCUUCUUCUCGCAUACUACCUCGCGGGAGAUCCGCGUCUUGUUCCACACACCAUCCAGCAAGCGCGGAACGUCCUUCUCGUCACGGCACAUCCCGAUGAUGAGACUUUGUUUUUUAGCCCGACUAUCCUCCACGCCCACGACAACCCGGAGGUCACUCGUUCCUUGUUAGUGCUAUCAACGGGCGACUAUCAUGGUCAAGGAGAUAUUCGCAAGGCUGAAAUAGAACGUAGUUGUGCCGCACUCGGUAUCUCAUCUGCUCGCUGUGUUGUUCUAGAGCACGGUGCCUUGCAGGACAAUCCAAAGAAGUGGUGGCGCCAGGAUGUCAUCCAGGACAUAGUCGCCCACUACGUUCACAUGUGGAAAGUGGAUCUGAUCUUCACCUUCGAUAACGGCGGAGUUUCCGGCCAUAUCAACCAUAGGGCCGUGAGUGCCGGUAUCCGCAGAAAAUACGCAGAGGACUUUCCGCAUGCCCCGCCAGUCUAUGCCCUACAGAGUACAUUCCUCCUGCGCAAGUACUCGUCGCUCAUUGAUCUGAUCUUGACUUCCGUGCCAUUCACCUGGCGCAUCGGGGCAGCGAUCCUGACAGCCGCGCCGGCGCCAACAGGACACGACAUUUACGGAAAUAGAGCGCUGCUAGUAAGUCCGUGGCAGACCUACCUGACUGCGCGAACAGCAUUCAGUCAACAUGAUAGUCAGUAUUCAUGGGACCGGGUGUUGUACUUGGUAGUGAGCCGUUAUAUGUGGUUUAAUAAUCUGUAUCGGAUAGCAUAG